GACCAGUCAUGCCUCCAAAAUUGAAAGACAGGAAUCCUCCAGUUGUUAGAACGUUCCUGUCCAAGCUUGACAAAGAAAGUACAAAUUGGGAUGCUUUUCUGCCCGUGCCCCAACUCUCCUUUCUGGGGGCUGCACUGACUGUUGCAUCCGCAUCGCUGCUCUGUUUCUUUCAAAGUUGGUGGGCGGACUUUGCCUUGGAUGAUGUUGAAGCUAUUAUCCACAAUAAAGAUUUGACGCCGGAGAUACCAGUUCCAAUUGAUGCUCCAUGAUUUCUGGGGUUAUAAUAUCUCUAUUAAUGGAAGUCACAAGUCUUAUCGUCCACUCGCCAUUCUUACACUCAGGUGGAACUACGCAUUAUCCGGUGGACUCUCCCCAUAUUCCAUGCAUUUAGUGAAUAUUAUACUACACUCAGUUGUCAGUGUACUUGUUCUUAAAGUUGUCUCCCUCAUGUUCACCGCCACCAGUUUGCAAGAUUCACGUUCCUCAUUUCCAUAUCCACGUGCCAGCCUUCUUAGCGGUGUGCUCUUUGCUGUGCAUCCAGUACAUACCGAAAGUGUGGUUGCAAACGUUGGAAGAGCAGAUCUUAUAUGUGCAUUGUUUUUUUUCCUUGCAAUGUUGGUUUACAUAAAGCUUUGUAGUAGAAACAGUAAGAAUCCACUCCAUGUCUACUGGCCGUGAUAUGUGCUGCUUUGUCAAUGAUGGGAAAGGAACAUGGAAUAACUGUACUGGCUGUUGUAAGUAUCUACGAUUACAUUAUAUCUUACCGAAACACACCAUUUGAGGUUUUCAAAGUCUAUCAAAGAAGAUAUCGCCAUGACAAUGCACACUGGUUAAAAGCUUUCCUGGUACGUCAGUCUAUCUUAGUAUCAUCAACGGUGUUAUUACUGUUUACUCGUUAUAUCAUCA